AUGACCAUGGUUCAGAUAUCAUCUGACGGUUUCAAGAAGCCGGCACAGAACCCAGUUCUUCUAGACCCAACCGCUGGCCCCAGGAGAUACAGCACACUUCAACAGAGUGAUGGAAGGGACUUUGGCAAUGGACUCAAUGUGCUCUAUGAUACCCCUCAGAGGGGUGCUGCCAGUCCACUAGGGGCCUCUCUGGCGCAAGGAAGGGUUGGAGUCAACUUUGCAAUUACAACAGACGGCGCAGACACAGUGUCGCUAUGCCUCUUUACGGAGGGAGACCUUCAGAAUGGAACCGUGACAGCAGAGGUGCCCCUUGAUCCACUCAUCAACCGGACGGGCGAUGUCUGGCAUGUGCUCCUGCCUGCACUGUCCAAGAACCUGCUCUAUGGGUGGCGAGUUGGGGGACCUUUCCUUCCAGAGGACGGCCAGCGGUUUGAUGAGACCAAGAUCAUGCUAGAUCCGUAUGCAAAGGCUGUUGUGAGCAGGUCCCAAUAUGGCAUCCCUGGUGGAGACGGGAACUGCUGGCCACAGCUCGCAGGGGCAGUUCCGGAUCAGGAGGACGAGUUUGACUGGGAGGGCGACAUUGCCCCCAACAUUGCUCAGAAGGACCUCAUCAUCUACGAGAUGCACGUGCGCGGUUUCACUCGGCACGAAUCCAGCGGGACCUCCGCGCCCGGCACAUACCAGGGUCUUAUUGAACGGCUGCCGCACCUGAAGCAGCUUGGCAUUAAUGCGAUCGAGCUGAUGCCGGUGCAUGAGUUCAACGAGCUGGAGUACUAUGCAUACAACAGCGUGAUGAACGACUACAAGAUGAACUUCUGGGGCUACUCCACCGUCAAUUUCUUCUCCCCCAUGACCCGUUAUGCCGCCUCUGGAACCGCUAACCGGGGUUGGGACGCCGUAACCGAGUUCAAAACCAUGGUUAAGGAGUGCCACAAGCAGGGCAUCGAGGUCAUCAUGGACGUGGUUUUCAACCACAGCGCCGAGGGGAACGAGAUGGGGCCGACGAUUUCGUUCCGGGGGUUGGCAAAUAAGGUGUACUAUAUGGUGGCUCCUCAGGGCGAGUUCUACAACUACUCUGGCUGUGGCAACACCCUCAACAUCAACCAUCCCGUUGUCCGGCAGUUCAUCGUCGACUGUUUAAGGUACUGGGUGCUGGAGAUGCACGUGGACGGCUUCCGCUUCGACCUGGGCUCCAUCUUCACACGCGCGAGCGGCACGUGGGAGCGGUCCGAGGUGUUCGGGACGUCGGAGGAGACGGACAUCGUCACGACCGGCACGCCGCUGAACGAGCCGCCGCUCGUGGACAUGAUCAGCAACGACGGGGUGCUCAGAGGGGUCAAGCUGAUCGCGGAGCCGUGGGACUGCGGCGGCCUGUACCAGGUCGGCUCCUUCCCGCACUGGGGCGUCUGGUCCGAAUGGAACGGACGCUUCCGCGACGUCGUCCGCAUGUUCGUCAAGGGCACGGACGGCCAAGCCGGCGACUUCGCGCAGUGCCUCUGCGGGUCGCCGCACAUUUACCAGGCGGGCGGGCGGAAGCCCAAGCACAGCGUCAACUUUGUGACGGCGCACGACGGGUUCACGCUGAACGACCUGGUGUCGUACAACGAGAAGCACAACGAUGCGAACGGGGAGCGGAACAUGGACGGGGAGUCGCACAACCUGAGCUGGAACUGCGGGGCGGAAGGAGAGCACGUGACGAGGCAGGUCCAGACGCUGCGGCAGAGGCAGAUGCGAAACCUGGUGAUGGCGCUCCUACUGGCACAGGGAGUUCCUAUGAUUACAAUGGGCGACGAGUACGGCCACACGAAAGGCGGCAACAACAACACGUACUGCCACGACAGUGCGGUGAACUACUUCCGGUGGGACAAGCUGGAGAAGGACACCACCGGAUUCGUCCGCUUCUUCAAGCUCAUGGUGAAGCUAAGAAGAGACAACGCGGUUUUCCGGAUGGAGGACUACCCCAGCGACUGGAACCUGGACUGGCACGGACACGGACCGGGCGCGCCGGACUGGUCCGAAACCAGCCGCUUCAUUGCCUACUCGCUGCGGCGUGAGAACAAGGGCGACCUGUACGUUGCAUUCAACGCGAGCCACCUGCCCGUGAUGGUCACUUUGCCCGAGCACUGGAGCUGCAAGUGGGUGCCCAUAGUAGACACCGCCAAGUUCGCGCCGUACGACUUCCUCGCGGACGAUGUUCCGGACAGGAAGAUUGCAACGGAACAAUAUGCGGGCCUUUUGCGAGCGCACACGUACCCCAUGCUCGGCUACUCCGCGAUCAUCUUGGAAAGCGUGUUGGACAGCUACGACGAAAUGCCGGCGGCUGUUCACACAACAACAUCGUCAAAGGAGACCUCAGCUGCAUCGAGCGUGAAGGAAGCAGCCUUGUAACUUUUUAGGGAAAAACAGUGUCACAAAUCUUCAAAGCGCAUGUUAGGGCAAGAGGAGUACAGCGGAUGCCGGAGGAAGCGUGCAGGCGUCCAUGCUUAGUGCUGUCAAUUCGCCGUAGUCGAAAGACCGUCGCUUCUUUCACUUCUGGUGCAUUUCUUGUGGGCUCAACUGUUCCUGGUUGCAAGCACGUUGACAGUGGGUAUUGACUUCAAAGCUGGACACCCGGCUGCACAAAGAUCAUUGCACAACUGUAGCUCGAGGACCUCUUUUGCUGCAUAUAAGCAAUCCAACUGGGAAUUUGACUACGUAUGCUUUUUGCAAUCAUGUAUUUAAGGAAUGAGGAAUGGCGGGA